AUGUCGAUGGUAGUUGACCUUAGUCAUUUACCUGACUCUCCUGGCGUAAGCGAGUCCCCUUCCCCCUCAGCGUUCAUUGUAAAACGCGAACCCCUGGACGACCAGAAUGAACGCGACGCCCUGGCUGAGGACGACCAGCGGCACCGCGAGGCCCUCCCCGUCGACGACAAACAGGCACGCCAUGACCUGGAGGACGUGGACGACCAGCAGCCUCCCAAUUUUCAACAGGUACCAGUGUUGCACAAUUCCACCUUGGGGAGUGACUGCCCCUCAGACAGUGUUUCACCAUCCGUCGCUGUCACUUUGACAGAUGUAAGAGCGAAUCAUCUCCAGCUCAAACCCAGAUGGCCAUCCAAAUCUGUACUCAUUUCCAGUCUCCUCGCCUGGCACCGUGAAGGGCAAAACGGCGACAUGCUUUUGAGUUGGCAGCGACAUUAUGGAACCGAAUGGAAGGAGGUGUUGCCCACCAUGUACCGGUAUCGUGGCUGGAUCAACCGAGUCGGCUACGGGCGAUUUGCUGCUGAAUACGAAAACCAGCCCAAUGCUGUUGUAGGGCAGGCGCGUAUACGUUUUAAGGAGGAAUUCAACUGUGUAGCAUGUGUUGCCCUCCCUGAGAAGCACGGUGAAAAGGUCGCGGGGUCUGCAUCAACCUCUCAUCAGAGUUGA